AGGGCAAAGAGGCAGGCUCUAGCCAGCUCUGGCCAGAAGGACUUCCUGGAGCUCCAGUACCAUACCGGACCCUUCACCCACCCUCUUCCGGGGACGUCUCACUGUCCUACUAACCUGGGACUCGAGAAGCCUUUCUCCCUGGACCUCUGACCCUGCAGUUCCCACCUCUGGGGCCAUGGGGAGCCCCAUUGUGUAAUCUCUACCUCCAGAGGCAUCCAGCUGUUCUCAGUGGCCAGGUGGGGAUGAGCUGAGGUUCUGCUUGAUCUGCCAGCGCCCCUGCUACCCUCCAGGCCAUGGCAGAGGAGGUGGGGGCUGCGCUGCCUGUGGCUGACUGGCUGCGGGCAUUGCAUCUGGAGCACUAUGCUGGACACUUUGAACAGCAUGGGCUAGUGUGGGCAGCUGACUGCCGGGGCCUGAGUGAUGGACAGCUUCUCCACAUGGGUGUGACGAUGCCCGGGCAUCGCAGACGGAUCCUAUCUGGCCUCCAACGGGCCUAUGCCACUGCCUCUGAGGAGCCUCGAGGGCCUGCCCCUGCCCCUGCCCCUCGGGGACCUCCCCGGCCUGUACCUGCCAAGCGCCAUGUCUUUCGUUCUGCCCCAGCUCCAGCCCCUGUUCCACCCUCAGCCCCAGCUCCAGCCUCUGCUCCAGCCCCUGUUCCAGCCUCGGCCCCAGCCCCAGCCCCUAUUCCAGCCCCAGCCCUAGCCCCUGUUCCAGCCUCAGCCCCAACCCCUGCCCCUGUUCCAGCCUCGGCCCCAGCCCCAGCACCAGUUCCAGCCUUGGCCCCCGCCCCUGUUCCAGCCCCAGCGCUAGCCUUAGCACCAGCUUCAGUCUCAGUCUCAUUCCCAGCCCCAAUGCAGACCCCCUCCUUAGUUCCUUCUUUAGCGUUUGCCCCACCUAUUCCUCCUCGAAGAAGUUGCCGACCUCCUGCCCCCUUUGCUCCUCUGGAGCCUGGUCCACCCAGGGACCCCAUGCUGCCUCCACUACCUGCCAAACGACACCAGGUGGAGGCCAGAGCACCCUGCAUUCCACCUCGGACUGGCCCACCCAAGCCUCUGGUGAGCCUCCCCCAAGACGAGGAGAAGACACCAGAGCCCAAGUUGGAUGUGCCUCCGUCCCCUGUCCCCUGGAUUCCCUCCCAGCCCCCUCCACUUCCCUUCAGCACCCCAGAAAUUCCCCCGAAGCCCUCCCGCCUGCUUCCUGAGUUUGAUGAUUCUGACUACGAUGAGUUCCCUGAAGAAGGGCCACCAGCUCCAGGCCCCACCCCAGUGAUGGUCCACAAGGAGGAACCGUCGCUGCAAGAUGUCACGAGGGCUGUGAGCGUGACCAGUCUGCUGAGUGAAGGUGACGAGCCUGUGGAGGACCCCCAUGACUAUGAAGACAUCCCCAAUGGCAUAUGGGAUGAUGUUGGUUUGAGAUCCCCAAGCCUCAGCAACACGCCAGCCCUAGAGCUCCCUCCGAAUCUUAUGGAGGGGCCGCCCUGGACCUCAACUCCCUCCACACCCAUCAUCAAAGUCGGCUGGCUGGACAAGAACCCACCUCAGGGGCUCCACAUCUCCUAUAGUGCCAGAUCCUACAUCUAUCAGAGGCGAUGGGUCAGGCUGGACUCUGAUUACCUGCGGUACUUUGACAGUGACAAGGAUGCUUAUUCCAAGCGCUUCAUACCUGUCUCCUCCAUCUCUCGAGUGUCUGGCAUCAGCGACCAGAAGUUUGAGGUCAUCACACACAACCGGACCUUUGUCUUUCGGGCGGAGAGUGAUGCCGAGCGGAAGGACUGGAUGCAGGCCAUUCAGCAGGCUGUCCGGGCCCAGCUCUCCAAGGCCGGCCCCCAUGGAGCCCCCUGUUCCGGGAUCCCUGCCCGAGCCGGCAGCCUGGAGCUUCGAGGGGUGAAGAGCAAGCUCUAUGUGGUGGUGGCGGGUGACAAGGUGCUGCUGUACAAGAACUUGGAGGAAUACCAGCUGGGUAUAGGCAUCACUUCCAUCGAUAUGAGUGUGGGCAACGUGAAGGACUCAGAUCGGAGAAGCUUUGAUCUCACUACUCCUUAUCGGAUCUUCAGUUUCUCGGCUGAGUCAGAGUUGGAGAAGGAAGAGUGGUUGGAGGCCAUGCAGGGUGCUAUCGCGGAGGCCCUGUCCACCAUGGAUGUGGUUGAGCAGAUCUGGGCCGAUGCCCCUAACCGACUCUGCGCUGACUGUGGGGCCUCCUAUCCAGACUGGGCCUCUAUCAAUCUCUGUCUUGUGAUUUGCAAGAGAUGUGCAGGGGAGCACCGAUGGCUGGGGCCAUCUGUCUCCAAGGUUCGGAGCUUGAAGAUGGACAGGAAGGUGUGGACAGAAGAUCUUAUUGAGCUCUUUCAUCAUCUGGGGAAUGAGGCUGGGAAGCGGUUCUGGGCAGCCAACGUGCCCCCCAGUGAAUCAUUGCACCCUAAUAGCAGCCCUGGGGACCGGCGGCACCACCUGGAAGCCAAGUACCGUGAGGGCAAGUACCGCCGUUACCACCGCUUCUUUGGCAAGCAAGAAGAGCUCGAUAAGGCCCUCUGUGUGGCUGUUACCACCACCGACCUCGAAGAGACUCAGGCCCUGCUGGGCUGCGGGGCAGCCAUCAACUGCUUCUCAGGGGACCCUGCAGCCCCCACGCCCUUGGCCGUGGCCAGUCAGGCUGGCCAGAGGCUGCAGAUGGAAUUUCUCAGGAACAACCAGACCUCCGAGAUGCCCCGGCUGGACCCCGUCAGCGUCGUGGAGAAGCAUUACUCAGUCAUUCAGCCCACCGUGAGCCACAGUGGCUUCCUCUUCAAGACAGCCUCUGUGGCCAAGCCCCUGCAGGAACGCCGUGCCAGAGAAGAGUUCAGCCGACGCUGGUGUGUUCUAAGUGAUGGUGUCCUGAGUUACUAUGAGAAUGAACGGGCUGUCGUGCCCAAUGGGGAGAUCCGAGCCAGUGAGAUUGUGUGCCUGGCUAUACCCCCAUCUGAUGCCCAUGGCUUUGACAGUACCUUCGAAGUAUACACAGAGACUGAGAGGUUGUAUCUGUUUGGAUCAGAAAGCCCAGACCUGGCCCGUGAAUGGGUCAAGUGUAUCGCUAAGGCCUUUGUGCCCGCCCAUGCCGAGGAACUUCUCAGCAGGGACUUUGAGCGCCUGGGCCGUCUCUUAUAUAAGGCUGGCCUUAGCCUGCAGAGGACCCGGGAGGGUUGGUUUGCAUUGGCCGGCUCCGAGCUCCGAGCGGUAUUGGAGGAAAGCCCCAGCGAAGAGGCCCUACAUCUCCGAAAGCUGCAAGAGCUAUCGAUCGAGGGGGAUAAGGAAGUCCUCGUCUUGGUGGAGAGGGGGAGGACCUUGUACAUUCAGGGAGAAAGGAAACUGGACUUCACCGGGUGGCUGGGGGCCAUCCAGAAGGCAGCAGCUAGCUCCGGGGACACCCUGUCUGAGCAGCAGUUGGGGGACUCUGACAUCCCCGUCAUCAUCUACCGCUGCAUAGACUACAUCACCCAGUGCGGACUGACCUCCGAGGGCAUCUACCGUAAGUGUGGGCAGACGUCAAAGACGCAGCGGGUGCUGGAGAGCCUGCGUCGGGACGCCCGCUCUGUGCGCCUCAAGGAGGGCGAGCAGCACGUAGAUGAUGUUUCUUCCGCCCUGAAGCGCUUCCUUCGAGAUCUGCCUGAUGGGCUCUUCACCCGGACUCAGCACUGUGCUUGGCUCGACACAGCAGCAAUCGAGGAUGAGGAAGAGAAGAUUUCUAGGCUCCAGGAACUCUUGGGGCUUUUGCCUCCUGUCAACCGGGCUACUGUGAAGGCUCUCAUCAGCCACCUGUACUGUGUACAGUACUUCUCGGAGACCAAUCAGAUGAAUACCCACAACUUGGCCAUUGUAUUUGGGCCCACGCUUUUCCAGACAGAUGGGCAGGACAACAAGGCUGGCCGAGUGGUAGAGGACCUCAUCGAUCACUAUGUCCGGGUGUUCAGUGUGGAUGAGGAGGAGCUAAGGAAGCAGCGAGAGGAGGUCACAGCCAUCGUCAAGAUGAGAGUGGCAGGCUCAGCCAGUGGAACACAGCAUGCUGGAGAUUUCAUCUGCACUGUAUACCUGGAAAAGAAGGCAACGGAGACAGAACAGCAUGUUAAGAUCCCAGCUUCCAUGACAGCCCAGGAGCUCACCAUAGAGAUCCUCGAUCGUAGGAAUGUGAGGGUAAAGGAUAAGGACUAUUGGACCUGUUUUGAAGUCAAUGAGAGGGAAGAGGCAGAGAGGCCCCUGCACUACACUGAGAAGGUGCUCCCCAUCUUGCACAGCCUGGGAACUGACAGUCAUCUGGUAGUGAAGAAGUACCUGGCCAUGGAGGCCAUGCUCAUGUACCUAGCCAGCAAGGUGGGGGACACCAAGCAUGGCAUGAUGAAGUUCCGUGAGGAUCGAAGCCUCCUGGGUCUGGGCCUCUCUACAGGCAGCUUCCACGACCGUUACUUCAUGCUCAACAGCAGCUGCCUGAGGCUCUUCAAGGAAGUCAGAAACCUGAAGCAGCGCAGUGGGGCCCUUGAGAACAGUCACAAACCAGAAAAGGAAUGGCCCAUGAAGAGCCUCAAAGUCUAUCUGGGAGUGAAGAAGAAGUUACGACCACCUACCUGCUGGGGUCUCACUGUGGUGCACGAGACAGAGAAACACGAGAGGCAGCAGUGGUACCUUUGCUGUGACACCCAGAUGGAACUCAGAGAGUGGUUCGCCACCUUCUUCCUUGUGCAGCAUGGCGGGACUGUCUGGCCUUCUGAGCCCUCAAGGGUGGUUCGGUCUGUACCUGAGUCGAGGCUGGGCAGUGUGUCGCUCAUCCCCCUGAGGGGCAGUGAGAACGAGAUGAGGAGGAGCGUGGCUGCCUUCACUUCUGACCUCCUGUCUGGUCAAAGUCCACCGUGACCAGGUGCUACCCCCCAGCGCCUCCAAAAUGAGAGGAGUCCAGAUAUUCUCAGUCUGCACAAGAGAGCGGCGUAGAGCUCAUGAAAGCCCAGUUAGAGCUGCUCAUCCCAUCAAGACUUCCUGUCCUGGACUUUGUGUGUGUUGGAGAAGAAGAGUCUCUGCUCCCAGGGGUCUCAGAGGCAGGGUUAGCUACAAAGCAUUGGAAUAUGGGAGAGGGAACUCUCCUGUUUUUCCUCUCUACCUACUUUCUCCCUUCAUCCAGGACCUUUUUUUUAAAAAAUAAUAAUAUAAUUAUAUCUGUA